AUGAAAUUUUUGCUUCACCUUGUUAUGUUUUUUCUCCUCUUAAACAAUUUCGCAACCGCGCAAACUCUGAUUCGAGAUUCGUGCAAGAAAGCUGCAGCUGAAAACCCGAAAUUCAAAUACGAUUUCUGCGUCAAGUCUCUUGAAGGGAGUCCGCAGAGCAAAACCGCAAAAACUCUCGAUGGAUUGGUCAUGGCAUCCACGGCGAACGCUGCGUCAAAAACUGCGAGCUUGAAAGGAAUUGUUGACAAGAUUCUCAAGGAGAAGAAAUAUAACAAGGAGAGUGAGUUGCCAUUGCGCGAUUGCCUCCAGCUUUAUUCAGAUGCUACUGAUUCCUUAAACGAAGCCUUAACGAGCGUUAAAUCUCGUGAUUACAAAACCGCUAACAUGGUUCUGAGUGCUGCGAUGAAUGCACCGACCACUUGCGAAACUAGAUUCAAAGAAAGAAAAACGCCUCAGAAAUCUCCAGUUACGAAAGAUAACGAUGUUUUGUAUCAGAUGAUUUCGAUUCCUUUAGCUUUUACAAAUAUGCCGAAAUGA